CCUCCCUCCAUCGGCAAGUCCUGGAGAUUCCAUCCUUCACCUUCACCUGUCGCCUGAGAAACACCUUGAGGGCCUGGCUAUAAAAGCGAUUGCCGGGGGAGCGGCCGCCAGUGUACUAACGCUUUGUGCAUCAACAUGAGGGCUGUAACGAUCCUUUUGGUGGCGGCCGUUGCCGUGGCCGAGAAGCUGCCCCUGGAGAGCCGUCCCUUCGCCAUCCUCCGCCGCGACCAGCACCACCCCAACGGCGAGGGCGCCCACAGCUUCGACUUCGAGACCGAGAACGGCAUCAGCUUUCACAUGUCGGGCUCCCAAGGGCCGGCCGGGGGCGCCAACAGCAUCGGCGACUGGAGCUAUCCUUUGGGUGACGGUUCCACUGCGGAAUUUAAGUUCGUGGCCGACGAGAACGGCUACCAGCCCGAGUCCUCCCUCCUGCCCGUGGCCCCCGCCUUCCCCCACCCCAUCCCCGACUUCGUCCUCCGGCAGAUCGAGUUCGCCGAGCAGCAGAGGGCGGCCGAAGCGCGUCAGAAAAGCCGCGAGGACUAGCACGGCGCUUGUGAAUUUUGCGGAAGACAAACUGAACGUCAUGAGAACUUUAGCUCCUCCUCGUAAAUGCACAUUAUUUCAUCUGUGUAUCGUUUAUUUAUUCUGAAACAUUGCAUUAAAGUAGAAGCCAAUA